AUGUUAUCGCUUCGACGUCCCAGACUCCCCCACUUGGCACUCCGACAUUACCUGGCCAACGUUCCGCUGUCAACAAACACCAAUCAUGCUAUAUCUGUCAAGCAACAGCUCUAUACCACGGACCCAGUGACUCCUGGCUCCAUCUUCUUUCUCCCUCAUGGCACCAGAAUCAUGAACAAAUUGAUCCAAUUUAUGAAACACCAGCAGAUGAGAUACGGAUUCGAAGAGGUGAUCACUCCGCUAAUCUAUAAGAACCAGCUCUGGAAAACCUCGGGCCAUUGGGACAAUUAUAGAGAUGAUAUGUUCAAGGUGACUGGAAACGUUGUUCAUGAACACGAAGAUCCUCAACUUCACGAGUAUGGACUCAAGCCAAUGAACUGUCCGGGCCACUGUGUAAUCUUCUCCAAGUUUGAAAGGUCCUACAACGAGUUUCCUAUUCGACUCUCCGACUUUUCGUCUCUUCACAGAAAUGAAGCCAGUGGAGCUUUGUCUGGAUUAACAAGAGUACGAAGAUUUCACCAGGACGAUGGUCACAUCUUUUGUGAAUUCGACCAAGUAGAGGAUGAGAUAUCAAACACCGUCAAUCUCAUUUUGGAAUCGUAUAAGGUAUUUGGUAUUCCAUCGAAUGAAAUCAAGUUCACAUUAUCUACCAGACCAGAAGACAAAUAUAUUGGUGAAAUUUCCACCUGGGAAAAAGCUGAAGAGAAACUCUCGAACGUUCUCACUAAUUCUGGUAAUUCAUGGACAAUAAACCCAGGGGACGGUGCAUUUUAUGGUCCAAAAAUCGAUGUCCAACUCACCGAUGCAUUUGGUAAAGCUCACCAAGUUGGUACGAUUCAACUUGAUUUUCAGCUUCCAGCCAGAUUCGACUUGAAAUACAUUGACAAGCACGGGUCUCGAGAAAACAGACCUAUCAUGAUCCAUCGAGCCGUCUUCGGCUCUCUUGAACGUUUCUUUGCCAUUUUACUUGAUCAUUACCAGGGCAAAUGGCCAUUUUGGUUAAAUCCUCGUCAAGCACUUAUUAUUCCAGUCAACGAUAGCCAUGUUUCCGCUGCUCAAGAGAUAAAGAAACAAAUAUCAGGGAGACAUCGUAUCAAAGACAGAUAUUGCACCCAUGACAGGACACAAUUUUUUCAUUGA